AGCGGCGCUGUUCGGGAGCGCGUCUCCUGGCGGGUUUCCUCGCACCGAGCAGGGGUGACCGGCACAGAUCGUCCUGCCCCGGCCCGGGCGCGGCUGACGGGUGCCGGAGCAGGGGCUCGGGCUCGGUGUCGCAGGCUCCUCCCGCCGCGGGCGGGGACCCUGCAGGCGCUCCGCUCCGCUCCUCCGGUUGCCGCCGCCCUGCCCAGGCUGUGGUCGGUCCUGCCGCGGCCCCUCCGGGCGGCUCCGCUCCCUCCGAGGAAGCAGCAGCAUAACGUUGCCCAGCUCUGCUGGGAGUGACCCCUGGGAAUCGCCAUCAAGGAGUCAUUUUGCUUUGCAGGAGGUGACCCAAGAGUGGUGGAGAGAGCUGAGCCUGGGCUGAGCACAUCAUGGGAGCAAACACCUCCCGCAAGUCACCCCCCUUAGAUGAAAACACAGAUGUCACCUUUGACCAUUUUGAGAUAUUGAGAGCUAUUGGGAAGGGCAGCUUCGGAAAAGUCUGUGUUGUGCAAAAGAACGACACCAAGAAGAUGUAUGCCAUGAAAUAUAUGAAUAAACAGAAGUGCGUGGAGCGUAAUGAAGUGAGAAACGUUUUCAAGGAGCUGCAGAUUAUGCAGGGCCUGGAACACCCUUUCCUGGUUAAUUUAUGGUACUCAUUCCAGGAUGAAGAAGAUAUGUUUAUGGUGGUAGACCUGCUGCUUGGAGGGGACCUGCGAUACCACCUCCAGCAGAAUGUGCGGUUCCAAGAAGGCACCGUGAAGCUCUUCAUCUGUGAGCUGGUGCUGGCCCUCGACUAUCUCCAGAGCAGGCACAUCAUCCACAGAGACAUCAAGCCUGACAACAUUUUACUGGAUGAGCAUGGACACGUGCACAUCACUGAUUUCAAUAUUGCCACAAUGCUGACUAAAGAAAUAAAAGUCACCACCAUCGCUGGCACAAAGCCUUACAUGGCACCUGAGAUGUUUAACUCCACAAAACCCACUGGCUACUCCUUCGCUGUGGACUGGUGGUCACUGGGGAUCACGGCCUAUGAGCUGCUCCGGACCCGGAGGCCGUAUCACAUUCGCUCCAACACUUCCACAGACGAAAUUGCUCACGUGUUCAGGACGGCCACAGUGAUGUACCCUGCGGCGUGGUCCACGGACAUGGUGUUGCUCAUCAAAAAGUUGCUUGAGCUGAACCCUGAGAAGCGUUUUUCUCAGCUGAAAGAUAUCCAGGACUUCCCGUAUCUGUCAGACGUGAACUGGGAUGCUGUUCUCCAGAAAAGGAUAAUGCCAGAAUUCAUUCCCAUGAAAGGCAGACUCAACUGUGACCCAACCUUCGAACUGGAAGAAAUGAUCCUAGAAUCAAAACCUCUUCACAAGAAAAAAAAGCGCUUGGCUAAGAAGGAGAAAGACACCAGCAGAAGCAAUUCCUCCCAGGCCUGCCACCUGCAGAAGCACCUGGAGAUGCUCCAGAGGGACUUCAUUGUUUUCAACAGAGAAAAGGCAAGACACCACCACAACAACAUCCAGGAGACCCUGACACUGGCAAAGAGCAAAGGCACGUACAAGGAGGACAACUAGAACAGCAACCCCUGAGCACACCUGCACACCUUCACCAUGCUGGGACACC